AUAACUGACAAGAAAUUACAUCAAACGUGUUUAUACGUUUCUUAAAAGGCGUCAAUGGCCUUAGUAUACACAUUAGCGUUAUUUUAAAGAAGCAUGUUCACCUCCUUUCCGUGUUGUUUGAGUGACCCAGUCUGUCCAGUUGUUAGACGCGGUGAGGUGGUGCUGCCGAACUGGGCUUCUAUUAAAAGGUUUCAUCGUUUUAUUUCCCCUAAAUUCCCGCGGAACAACUCGUAACUAGAACUAUGGCUGCGUCUGAUGUCGCCCGACAGCCGGACCAGGGCGUCCGGCCGCUGUCCCUGGCUGGUCAUGUGGGCUUCGACAGCCUUCCUGAUCAGCUGGUCAACAAAUCCAUUUGCCAGGGCUUCUGCUUUAACAUCCUCUGCAUCGGUGAGACAGGCAUCGGCAAGUCGACCCUAAUGGACACUCUGUUUAACACCAACUUUGAAAACUUUGAGUCAUCGCACUUUGAGCCUCAGGUGAAGCUCCGAGCUCAGACAUACGACCUGCAAGAAAGCAAUGUGCGACUACGCCUCACUGUGGUCAACACUGUGGGCUUUGGAGACCAGAUGAACAAGCAGGAGAGCUACCAGCCAGUGGUGGACUACAUCGACCGGCAGUUUGAGAGCUAUCUUCAGGAGGAGCUCAAAAUCAAGCGCUCCCUCCACAACUACCAUGACUCGCGAGUCCACGCCUGCCUUUAUUUUAUUUCCCCCUCGGGCCAUUCGCUCAAAUCCCUGGACCUUGUCACAAUGAAGAAGCUGGACAGCAAGGUUAACAUCAUCCCUGUGAUCGCCAAAGCCGACACCAUCAGCAAGAGCGAGCUCAACAAGUUCAAGAUCAAAAUCAUGAGUGAGCUGGUCAGCAACGGAGUCCAGAUCUACCAGUUUCCUCUGGACGACGAGACCGUGGCCAAAGUCAACACCACCAUGAAUGGUCACCUGCCGUUUGCCGUGGUCGGCAGCACGGAGGAGGUCAGCGUGGGGAACAAGAUGGUGAAGGCUCGCCAGUAUCCAUGGGGCGUCGUCCAAGUGGAGAACGAGAACCACUGCGACUUCGUGAAGCUGCGCGAGAUGUUGAUCUGCGUCAACAUGGAAGACCUGAGAGAGCAGACGCACUCGCGCCACUACGAGCUCUACCGCCGCUGCAAGCUGGAGGAGAUGGGAUUCAAAGACACAGACCCCGAGUGCAAACCUGUCAGCCUGCAGCAGACGUAUGAGGCUAAGCGACAGGAGUUCCUGGUGGAGCUCCAGAGAAGGGAGGACGAGAUGAGGCAAAUGUUUGUGCAGAGGGUGAAAGAGAAGGAGGCCGAGCUGAAGGAGGCGGAAAGAGAGCUGCAGAUUCGAUUUGAGCAGCUGAAGCGCCUCCACGCGGAGGAGAAAUCCGCUCUGGAGGAGAAGAAGCGAAUGUUGGACGACGACCAGAGCUCAUUCAGCAAGAGACAAGCGGCUGCUCAACUGCUGCAGGCGCAGAGUUUGACCGCCAACGGCAAGAAGGACAAGGACCGCAAGAACUCCGGCUUCAUGUGAAGACCUUCGACCUCCUUCCCCGGACACUAACCUCGUGCCAAAGUUAAUCCUCUUUUAUCCUUCUGUUCAUGGGGUUUUAUAUUCUUCAAGUUGUGUUUUAUUUAUCCUUCCUUUUAAACCUAUACAUGAUGUUUUUGAUCUUCAUUUCGCUUUUUAAAAUGUUGGGAUGUUAUUGCAGUCCAGUAGCAGAGGACUUUAAGGGAUUUUGGUACCAGCAGUUGUUUACACAAACUCAACGUGUAGCUUUUCAGUCGACUAUAAAUGAAGUGGCGUCGCACUACCAGCAUUGUUGAAAGGCAUUAUGUGUGUCUGCCAUGUCCACACUACCCUGAAACAAACCAACAAAUGUCACUAUUUUUUUUAAUCAUUCCAAAGGGACACUUCUGACCAUUACACCUUGCUUCUCUUAUUAUUAAACAAUCCUCAAGUUUCCAUGUCUGAAAAAUGAAUUUUGAAACCACGUUCACACCAGCGCUAGAGACGCGUCAUCCGUGCCUUACAUCUGUCAGAGCUAGGAAUCCAGGGAAACUCAGCGAUGCCUGACAGAGGGAAACCUUUUUACCACACAUGUGUACUACACUUGUAUUUAUGGAACAAACAGUGUUACUGCAAACUUUUAAAAAAUAAAUCUGUAUUUUCGCCA